AUGUCCUCACAUCCAUCUCUCGACCUUGAGGUGGAGGAGGUGGACACUAAGUUGUUGAGCCAACUGCCAAAAGUGCGUUUUUGGGAUAUCGGAUACCAUAUCUACCAAUGGGAAAGGUGUUGGUUUGCGCCUCUCUCUCUAAAGGGUGCCAUGAAAUUCAGGUCAAACUUUGAGGCCCGAGAUGAUGACAUAAUCCUUGCGUCAACCAUGAAGACAGGCACGACCUGGCUCAAAGCACUCUCCCACUCUGUCAUGCAUAGAAAUAUCAAUGAUCCUCUUGACGACAUCCUAACUACAGAAAAUCCCCAUUUUUUGGCCCCCACCAUUGAGGCUGAGUUUCACUACAACAAGGCACUCCCAGUCAACCUUUACGACUUGUUGAUGAGCCCACGUCUAUUCCACACACACAUGCCGUACAUGCUCUUCCCUGAAUCCGUCAAAAACUCUGCAAGCAAAAUUGUGUACGUCUGUCGUAACCCUAAAGACACCCUCAUCUCGAUGUGGCAUUUCUACAAUGUCUCACACCACACGUACCCACUGCAAAAGGCGAUCGACUGCUUUUGUGCUGGGGUCAUUCCUUAUGGGUCCUACUUCGACCACGUGGAGGGGUACUGGUUGGAGAGCGUCAUAAGGCCUGACAAGAUACUGUUUGUCAAGUAUGAGGAGAUGAAGAGUGAUUCCAAGGGGCAGGUCAAAAGGAUAGCCGAGUUCAUGGGAAGGCCGUUUGAUGAGGACCAAAAGGAAAUAUUAGAUGAUGUUUUGUGGAGGUGCAGCUUGGAGAGACUUAAGAACCUAGAGGUUAACAAGACGGGAACUUUAUUUGCGACAAUGCCAAACCAGGCUUUCUUUAGGAAAGGUCAAACUGGGGACUGGAAAAAUUAUUUAACACCUCUGAUGGAGGAACAAAUUGACCGGUUGAGUCAAAUGAAACUUGAGCCCUUGGGUCUUUUUCUUUGA